AUGAGAAACCACACAGCAAUAACAGCAUUCAUCCUUCUGGGACUGACAGAAGAUCCUCAGCUGCAGGUCCUACUUUUCAUUUUUCUAUUUAUCACCUAUAUUUUGAGUGUAACUGGAAAUCUGAUCAUCAUUACCUUAACUUUGGUGGAUCCCAAGCUUAAAACUCCCAUGUAUCUUUUCCUCCAAAAUUUCUCAUUCUUAGAAAUCUCAUUUACAACUGCCUGUAUUCCAAGAUUCCUAUACAGUAUAUCAAGUGGAGACAGAACAAUUACCUAUAAUGCAUGUUUCAUUCAACUAUUUUUUACAGAUUUCUUUGCAGUAACUGAAUUUUUCCUUUUGGCUACUAUGUCAUAUGAUCGUUAUGUGGCCAUCUGCAAACCUUUGCAUUAUAUGAUGAUCAUGAGCAACAAGGUAUGCAAAACAAUGAUUACCUGCUGUUGGAUGACAGCACUUAUGAUUAUCCUACCACCACUUAGCUUAGGUUUUCGUCUGGAAUUCUGUGAUUCUAAUAUCAUUGAUCAUUUUGCGUGUGAUGCAUCUCCUAUGCUGAAGAUCGCAUGCUCAGACACAUGGUUGAUUGAGCAGAUGGUUAUAGCCUGUGCUGUAAUGACCUUCAUCAUCACUUUUAUAUGUGUACUUCUCUCCUAUAUAUAUAUCAUCAGGACAAUUUUAAAAUUCCCUUCUGUUCAACAAAGGAAAAAAGCUUUUUCUACCUGUUCUUCCCACAUCAUUGUGGUUUCUAUCGCCUAUGGCAGCUGCAUCUUCAUCUAUAUCAAACCUUCUGCAAAAGAAGAGGCAAACAUUAAUAAAGGUGUGUCAGUGCUUAUUUCGUCCAUAUCACCAAUGCUGAAUCCUUUUAUAUAUACUCUGAGGAAUAAGCAAGUCAAACAAGGUUUUAGUGACUCACUCAAAAAAUUUGCAUUUCUCAUAAGGAAAUAA